AUGUCUAUUUUCCCUCACCAAAAUUCUAAGGUGUGCAAAACAGCAAUUCUUAGCGCUAUCCUGGGCUCAGUAACGACAGUCUUUGGACAUGGAUGGAUCGAUGUAUGGAAUAUCUCAGGAAAUACUCAUACCGGUUUCAAUCCUACAGCUGCACCAUGGGUUCCUGAUCAAGGCACUAUUGCCUGGCCAGCUUGGAACGACGACACAGGCCCAGUCUACAGCAAAAAUGUCAACAAUCCUGAUAUCAUUUGCUCGAUCAAUGCUACGAACGCCAAAAUAUAUGCAAACCCUGUGGCCGCGGGCAGCAACAUCACCUUGCAUUGGACUGUUUGGCCAGAUUCUCAUCACGGACCCAUCAUGACUUAUCUAGCAGCCUGCAAUGGGGACUGUACUACAGUGGACAAAGCCAAACUCAAGUGGUUCAAGAUUGCCGAGCUAGGUCAAUUGUCUCUGGGUACAGGCGGUGGCAAGGUCGGAACUUGGGCUGAUGGUGUACUGCGCGCUGCGAACGGAGCCUGGUCGGUUACUAUUCCUGCUUCUAUCAAGGCCGGUGAUUAUGUUGUUCGCAACGAAAUCAUUGCUUUGCAUUCAGCGUACGAUGUCGGCGCAGCCCAGCUCUACCCGCAGUGCGCAAAUAUCAAGAUCACAGGAAAUGGCAUAGCAACUCCUGAAGGAGUGGUAGGAACUUCCCUCUACAAUGCAGAAGAUCCUGGGAUCCACUACAACAUCUACAAUGAUGAGUCGAAGCCAGUUUAUCCUAUUCCUGGGCCCAAAUUGUGGACUGGCUGA